AUGGCAACAUCGGAGUCAGAAAAGGAGCACAUUUUGACUAUAAAAUGUGUUGUAGUGGGAGAUGAACGUAUUGGUAAGUCGUGCUUUAUUGCACGGCUGUCAGGACACUCCUUUCGCAGCCACUACCGUCCCACUAUGGUCAACUUGACGUCGGUGAGAACAACGCGAGAGGGGCGACUCAUGCUCGUUGACUGUUGGGAUACUCCAGAUAAAAAGAUGCUCCUCCUGGCCAAUGAGAUCGCCUUUGUAGGUGCUCACCAUCUGCACAACAUUCGACUUCUGGCCUACCAGAACACUCACAUCUUUGCAGUCUGCUUCUCCGUGGUUAUGCCGCAGUCCUUCGAAAACGUGAGCACAAAGUGGAUGAAGGAGAUAAGAGAAUUGGGGCCACCGAACGCCUCUGUCAUUCUCAUCGGUCUACAGGGUGAUCUCAGAGGCGAUGAGGAGGUGAACAGUGCACUCCGCGAAUUGGGUCUCCAGAGCCCCACUCCCGAUGCGUGCGUUGCAUUAGCGGAGAGCAUUGGAGCUAUCAGGUACUUUGAAUGCUCCUCCAAAACGCAAACUGGAUUUUGCGAAGUCCUCGAAGUGCUGAAGAUGGCAGUUCCAGAACCUGUCCGCAUUGUUCGCCACGUCUCCGUUUCCUUUCCGAGUCGUGGAACAUUUACUGAUGUUAAUGUUAUCAAAAAGACCCGAAAAAGUCUACCUCGAACCACGGAGACUUGA